GGCCCAGCGAGGCAGAUGGCGCUGGUGUCACCAGGUGCACAGGAUGAGUAAGGCGCCAGUGGUUGUGUGGUGGUGAAGUGUGACCCAAGAUGGGACCAGGAGGAGGGACACUGGGACACCAUGUGUCUCAAGACCCCAUCGCUCAAAUGAAUACCUUCCGCUCCUACGUGUCCAUGCUGGCAGACUCCGGCUCCAAGGAUGAGAACAAGCUCAAGGCAGCGCAGGCCCUCAGUGAGGACCUGGAGGCAAUUGUUGCUUCCCCGCAGUACCCGGCAUUUCUGGAACAUGCCAUGAAGAUAUUUAUUAAGAUCCUCAGUGAAGGGGAUCCACUCUUCAUCUCAGAGUACAACAUACAGCAACUCCGCAAGCUGAUCCUGGAGAUGAUCCACCGCCUACCUAGCAAUGAGCAACUUAAGGUGUACCUGCGUCAGAUCCUCUCCCUCAUGUUCCGCCUGCUGGAGACCGACAAUGAGGAGAAUGUUAUGGUGUGUCUCCGCAUCAUCAUCGAACUCCACAAGACUUUCCGACCUCAGUUUAGUCCAGAGAUCCAGCAGUUCCUCCAGUUUGUGAAGAACAUGUACCGUGACCUGCCCAGCCACAUGAGCAAGAUUUUUGAGCGUCCAGCGGCGAUCCGAGUGAGUGACUUGUCGGAGGUGAAUGUGGAUGCGCUUCUGAAGGAGACAUUUACCAUCACACCCAUCCACACGGAAAAGAAGCUCCCUGAUGGCACCUCCAUCACAUAUAACCUGAUCCCCCGGGCGGUGCUGUCCCUGAAGGUGCUGACAGAGCUGCCCAUCAUUGUGGUGCUGAUGUUCCAGUUGUACAAGCAGCAGGUGUACCAGGAUGUGGCUGACUUCAUCCCCCUCAUCAUGAACACCAUUAUCCUGCAGCCGUACCCCCAGCACCGGGACCACGAGUCGUUCAACAAGGAGGUGUUUGUGGACUUGAUAGCUGCUCAGAUCAAGACACUCUCCUUCCUGGCAUACAUCCUCAAGAUCUACCAGGACGUGGUGGCUCAGCACUCUGCCAAGCUGGUCUCUGGGAUGCUCACCCUGCUGGCCCUGUGCCCCAAUGAGGUGGCCCAUCUCAGGAAGGAGCUGCUCAUUGCCACUAAGCACAUCCUGGCUCUGGAGCUUAGGAAUAGGUUUGUGCCACACAUUGACAAGCUGUUUGACGAGAGCCUGCUGUUUGGCCGGGGUUGGACGGCCCACGAGACGCUGCGUCCCCUGGCCUACUCCACCCUGGCUGACCUGGUGCACCACGUCCGCCAGCAGCUGGACAUGGGAGCGCUGACGCGGGCCGUGCAUCUGUUUUCCAAGAACAUCCAUGACGAGACGCUGCCCACCAGCAUCCAGACCAUGUCCUGCAAGCUGCUGCUCAACCUGGUGGACUGCAUUCGCACCCGCAGCGACACCAACCACGAGCCGGGCGCUGGCCGGGACCUGCUCAUCCGCAUGCUGCACGUGUUUGUCAACAAGUUCAAGACCAUUGCUCAGCUGCAGCUGCCCUACCUCAAGAACAAGCAGCAGCAGCAGCAGCAGCCACAGCAACAGCAGAGCAACAGUGCAUGCUCCACCUCAACAGCCCUGCAACCCCACAGUAGUGCCUCCAGUGGAUCCAGCAGUUCAUGUUCUGCAGUGCAGGAAGACAGAAAGGAAGACGUGAAAAUUGCCAUUGCUGAAAAUGAAAGCAAGGACAAAGAGACGCAGAGGAUUGGUUUUCCUCCCAAUGUGACGGUGAAUUAUAGUGUGUCUGACUGCAGGGCGUUGGUGAAGACUCUGGUGUGUGGGGUGAAGACCAUCACGUGGGGCUGUGCCUCCUGCAAGUCAGCCAUUGACUCUGCCCUCACUCCCAGCAAGUCCUUCCACCCCAAAGAAACCCUAGUGUUCAUCAGGCUUGUGAAGUGGGCCAUGCAAGCCCUGGACAUCUACACGUUGAAUGCGCCCGGCAACCAGCAGCAGGCCAGCCAGAAGGGCCAGGUUCCCCAGACAGUGCGGUCCAAGGAGGAGAAGGAAGUGCUGGAACACUUUGCCGGGGUGUUCAUCAUGAUGAACCCAUGCACCUUUCGGGAGAUCUUCUCCACCACCAUCGACUAUGUGGUGGAGCGCAUCUACCACAACAUGGCCCUGCAGAUCGUGGCUAACUCCUUCCUGGCAAACUCCACCACGUCGCCAAUCUUUGCCACUAUACUGGUGGAGUACCUGCUAGGCCACAUGGAGGAGAUGGGCACCUCCAUGGACAGAUCAAACUUGUACCUCAAGUUGUUUAAGUUAGUGUUUGGCUCAGUGUCUCUCUUUGCAGCAGAGAAUGAACAGAUGCUGAAGCCUCACCUGCACCAGAUUGUCAACAGGUCCAUGGAGUUGGCCAUGAGUGCAAAGGACCCUUACAACUACUUCCUGCUGCUGCGCGCUCUCUUCCGUUCCAUUGGCGGGGGCAGCCAUGACCUCCUGUACCAAGAGUUCCUGCCCCUCUUGCCCACCCUCCUGCAGGGCCUCAAUAGCCUGCAGAGCGGCCUCCACAAGCAGCACAUGAAGGAUCUGUUUGUAGAGCUGUGUCUGACUGUGCCUGUCAGACUGUCCUCCCUGCUGCCCUACUUGCCCAUGCUGAUGGACCCUCUGGUGUCUGCCCUCAACGGCUCUCAGACUCUCAUCUCGCAGGGCCUCAGGACGCUGGAGCUGUGUGUGGACAACCUGCAGCCAGACUUUCUGUAUGAGCACAUUCAGCCGGUCCGGGCCGAGCUGAUGCAGGCGCUGUGGAAGACCCUGAGGAACCCCAACGACACCAUUGCUCAGGUUGCCUUCAGAGUCCUCGGCAAGUUUGGCGGUGGGAACAGGAAGAUGAUGAUUGAGCCCCAGAAGCUGGAGUACAAUGAGCAGGAGACUCCAAGCACCUGUGUCACAAUCCAGUUCUCAGACCACAAGGCCCCCAUCACACUGCCGGUGGAGAAGAUCAUUGAGACAGCCUUCACGGCCCUCAAGACAUCCACCACUGAGCCGUGGUACCGCCGCCAGUGCUGGGAGGUGAUUCGCUGCUUCCUCAUCGGCUCCAUGCAGUUUGAUGAGGAGAAGCACCUGGUCAACAAACUCUUCACACACCCGACCUUCAGGGAAGGGGAGAUCUCAACGGUCCACGGGCCAUACUACAAGUGUCACGAUGACCAGGCCAGGCAGGUGCACCAGAUGGCGGUGACAGCCAUGUUUGUGGCGGCGGCAAUAAAGGACCUGCGCCAGAGUGUGCUGCCUACCAUGGUGUCACUGGUGAGGCACUACACCAUGGUGGCCAUUGCGCAGCAGGCUGGGCCCUUCAACAUGAUGGGGCGGUGGAGCAAGGUGCAGGGUAUGGACCCCCUGGUGCUGAUCGAUGCCCUCGCUGUUAUAAUGGGCCACGAGGAGAAAGAGCUCUGCAAGCCGGGACAUUUGGCCCUGGUCCUCAUCAUGGAGGCUGCCACCAACAUCCUGGGCACCAAGGAGAGGGCCUGCCAGCUGCCCCUCAUGGAGUACCUGGUGGAGAAGAUGUGUGGCUUGUGCUACGAGCGUGCCUGGUACGCCAAGCUGGGUGGCUGCAUUGCCAUCAAGUUUCUGUUUGAGAGGAUGGCUCUAAAGUGGGUCUUGGAGCACCAGUUUCCCUUCCUCCGGGCACUGCUGUUUGUCAUGAUGGACCUGACAGGCGAGGUGUCCAGCGGCGCAGUCGACAUGGCCAAGAACAACCUGGAGAGGAUGCUGCGGGUGUGUGCCUCUCCCCUGGAGGGUGAGAACAACACGGAGGAGAUGAAGCAGAUCCAGAACAAGUCCCUGCAUGAUGUGACCCACGAGCUGGUGCGGCAGGUGACCUCCCCUAACACCACCGUCAGAGAGCAGGCCAUGCAAAGCUUGCACGUCCUGGCUAAGCUGAGCGGGAAGGGCGUGACAGAGGUGAUGCAGCCACACAAAGACGUACUGGCAGACAUGAUUCCUCCCAAGAAGCAUCCUCUCCGCCAGCAGCCAGCCAACGUCCAGAUCGGCCUGAUGGAUGGCAACACUUUCUGCACCACGCUGGAGCCCAGACUCUUCACCCUGGACCUCAACAUGAACGAACACAAGUAUUUCUACAAUGAGCUGCUCAUGUUAGUGGAGACAGAGGAUUCAUGUUUGGCAAGACUUUCCUGCUACAAGAACAUAGCAAAUCUGGUCCCACUGAGGAAGUCUGCCCUGAAAGCCCUAGCAGCCUGCCACUACAUCCCUCAAAUUCGUGAGAAAAUAUUCCCCACGCUGUACAAGGCUCUCAAUAACUCGUCCCACCCUGAGCUGCAGGAGACAGCCUUUGAGUGUCUGAAGAAGUUCCAGAGUGGGUGCCAGAUAGACAUGGAGAUGGUGCACACUGCCAUGAGGCCGCUGCUGGGCCUGCUGUGUCACUACCGCAGCGUCACCCUGCCUGUCAUACACCACCUCUCCUACCUCACUCAGCUGUUUCCUUACACCUUCAAUGAGAAGCUGUGUGAGCAGCUGACCCAGCAUGUGAAAAACUUGAUAGAGGUUGCCAGCCUGACCAGAAAACAAAAUGCCUCAGUGAACAAGCAAGACAACAGUGACCUAAAACUCUGUGCAAACAUUAUUGGUAUCUUCCACCAGAUCCCGGCUGCCUCAUCAAGGUUUGUGGAGGUUCUGUGCAAGCUUGUGCUGCAGACAGAGAGGGCACUUAUGAUAGAGGCCGGCAGUCCCUUCAGGGAGCCUCUGAUGAAGUUCUUGAUGAGAUAUCCCGCAGAGACAGCUGACCUCUUCCUGUCUGACCCUCACGCCCGGGACCAGCAGUGGGCGCGCUACCUGGAGUACCUGGUGCGGCACAAGGACAACACAGAAUUCAGGCAGCACCUACAGAUAUGUGGCGACAAGCUACAGACUGUGCUGCGGGCCACCCCCACCCCGCCUACCCUCAUCUCAGGACAGUCCCAACAGCCUGCCACUGCCAUGACGCCAGCAGACCGGGCACAGCUGCAGUACUUGGCCAUCCGCAUCACCCUGCUGUUGGCCCGGAUGGAUGACCAGUGGUUGGCCUCACAGUCUGGCCUGAUCCUGGCCAUCCGCAACAUCUGGGUGUCUGACGAGUUCCAGGAUCGCCACCACUCCGCCGAGAACACAGACUUCAUGCACUGGAAGGAGCCCAGAAUGGUGGUGUCCAUCCUGCUGAUGUACUUCAAACAUCACACUGACGAUAUCAAGCUCCUCUUUGAGCUGCUCAGAGCCUUCAUAGGACGCUUCAUUCCAGACUUCCAGUUCCUGAGAGACUUCCUUGAACAAGAGGUCGCUCAGACAUACUCUGUCAAGUGGAAGAGAUUAGCAUUUUUCCAGUUUGUGGAGGUGUUUGAGGACAUCUCCAUCUCACAGGAGCUAAAGGCACGCGUCCUGCAGUACGUCAUCAUCCCCUGCCUCACAGUGAGCAUGGAGUGUGGCGACGGCGAGAAGCUCAUCGGCUUCCCACCAGCGCCUGACCAAGACCACCCGGAGAACGUGGUGUCUGUCUUCAUCACCAAGGUCAUCAAUCCAGACGACCCAUUUGUGUACAGUGAUGCGGUGAGGAUCCUGCUGCUGCAGCUGUCCUGUCUCCUAGUGGAGCAGGCCUCUGCCCACAUUCACGAUGCGGGCAACAAGAGGCAAGGCCAGAAACUCCGCCGGCUCAUGACCUUCGCUUGGCCGUGUCUCCUGUCCAAGAAUUGUGUGGACCCGGCCACCAAGUACCACGGCCACCUGCUGCUGUCACACAUCAUUGCCAAGUUUGCAAUACACAAACGUAUUGUACUGCAGGUGUUCCACAGCCUGCUGAAGGCACACGCCAUGGAGGCGAGAUCUGUGGUGCGCCAGGCGCUGGAGAUACUCACGCCAGCAAUGCCAGUACGGAUGGAGGAUGGGAACACCAUGCUGACCCAUUGGACCCGCAAGAUCCUGGUGGAAGAGGGUCACUCGGUGGGGCAGCUGGUGCACAUCCUGCAGCUGGUGGUGCGGCACGCCAAUGUGUACUACCCCGUGCGGCACCACCUCACCCACCACAUCACCCAGGCCAUGCACCGCCUUGGCUUCACCCCCACCGCCAACCUGGACCAGAGGAGGCUGGCCGUGGACCUGGCUGAGGUGUGCAUCAAGUGGGAGGAGCAGAGGGUGAAGGAAGAGGCUGACAGCGACAGCAGCUCCGAAACCAUCACCCAGCAGCAGACACCGCAGCAGCCAGGCGGCAUCAAGCGGUCAGCCUCCACAGAUGGCCCUGAGGCCAAGCGAGCCCGGGUGUCUAUCAGCAGUAGCUCCAGAAGUAGCAUUGACGUCAGCAAGCCCAUGGAGAAGAGCCAUGCUGAUGCCGUGGUUUACUUCCUGCUGCGCCUGGCCUGCCAGGUGAAUGAGAGCACCACCACCCCGGGCACCGUGGCCCCUGGGGAGGCACUCUCCCGCCGCUGUGUCUCCCUCCUCAAGCGAGCCCUCAAGCCAGACAUGUGGCCACAUGCUGACCCAAAGUUGGCCUGGCUGGACAAGCUGUUCCUCAAUCUGGAGUCAUCUCAGCCCAACCUGGCCAAUGUGUGUGUGGGGCUGGAGGUGCUGACAUACCUCAUCAGCACACUGCGGCGGGAGCAGAUCCUGAGUGCCAUGCGAGGCCUGACCCGAGGACUGGUGGCCUGCAUGACCUGCAGCAACUCCCGGGUGGUGCGACUCACCCACUCCCUCCUGGCACGCCUCAUGUCCACUUUCCCCACAGAGCCCACCAGUGCCAAUGUGGCUUCACGCUUUGAGGAACUUGAGGAUCUCUAUUCCAAGAUUGGUAAGAUUGUUCUGGACGGCUUGACCUCGUAUGAGAAGAACGCCAGCGCCUCCCCGACAUCCCUGUUUGGCACUCUGAUGAUCCUAAAGGCAGCGUGUCAGAACAACACCUGCUACAUUGACCGCCUCAUCAUGCCCUUCAUGAAGGUCCUGCAGCGUAUGGCUCGCGAUCACCUUGGUCACAUGACCACAGAAAACUGCUCUGUGGGAAGUGAGUUGCUGAUUGUGUCCCUGGACCUUGUAAAGAACCGUGUGGGUGUCAUGGGGGUGGAGAUGAGGAAGGCCUUCAUUGGAACCAUCCUGGUCGGCCUGAUUGAAAAAACCCCGGAUGUUAAGGUCAUGAAGGCCAUAACUAAGAUGGUGGAGGAAUGGGUGAAGAACAAGACACCAAUAGCCAUCAAUCAAGGCCCCAGUCUGAGGGAGAAGUCCAUCCUGCUGGUGAAGCUGAUGCAGUACGUGGAGAAGCGGUUCUCCGACGACAUGGAGCUGAUGGCACAGUUCCUGGAGCUGGUGAACCACGUGUAUCGGGACGAGACUCUCAGGAACACAGAGCUGACGGCCAAGCUGGAGCCUGCCUUCCUGGCUGGCCUCCGCUGCACCCAGCCACACAUCAGAGCCAGGUUCUUCCAGGUGUUCCACGAGAGCAUGAGGCCGAGGCUACACGACCGGCUCCUCUACAUCAUCUGUUCUCAAAAUUGGGACCACAUGGGGCCUCACUACUGGACCAAGCAGUGCAUCCAGCUGCUGCUCGUCACAUCACAGUCUGGUACACCAGUCCAAAAUAGUUCCCAGCAAGUGUUGCUGCCUGGUGUUACUGCAGUCAUCAGCUGGGCUGAUGCAGCAGACCGGGCCAACUUCAACGUGUUUGCCAGCAUCAAGGAGGAAGCCAGUGACCUUGACUCUGUGUUUGAGUCUUCAGUGGAAAAGGAGGUAAAGGUGCAGUCAGUCACCCUUCCCUUUGAGGAUGAAAUUGACAUUGAGCUGUCAACCGUGCCAGCUGAUGGCUCUCAGUCCAUCGAUGCAACAGUGAAGAUCCAAGCCAACCCAAAGGCCAACCUGCACCAGCUCCUGUCCAGGCAGGCCAAGUUCAUGGAAGGAGUGAAGGAGGUGUGUACCAGCCAGUUCCUGUCAGCAGUGGCAGAGCUGUGCCACAUGGACACCAGCCUGGCAGAGUGGGUGUGGCUGCAGCUGUUCCCUCGGAUAUGGAAAGUCCUCAGCGAGAAACAACAACAGGGCAUAGCCAGUGAGGUGAUACCCUUCCUGUGCUCGGGGUCACAUGUCAUACAGAAGGAUUGCCACCCCUCAGCACUGCACACCUUCACCGAGGCACUGGCCCAGUGCCAGCCUCCUGUCACUAUCCGGCCUGCCAUCAUGAAGUACCUGGGUAAGAGUCACAACCUGUGGCACCGCAUGACCCUCCUGCUGGAACAGCUGGCACUGGAGCAGGGUGCCAUGACCACGCCCCGCUCCCUCAAGAAGGACUACCACGAUUCCUUUGACAUGGAGCCGGUCACCAGUCCACAGCAGGAGGUCCUUGACUCUUUGUCAGAGAUGUAUUCCCUCUUGAAAGAAGAAGACCUGUGGGCUGGACUGUGGCAGACAAUAGCACAUUACCCAGAUACCAGAUUGGCGGUGACCUACGAGCAGCAUGGGUUCCUGGAGCAGGCUCAAGCCACCUACGAGCUGUCCAUGCUGAAGGCCAAGGAGGACAUGGCGGUGGUGCCGGCCCCUGGGAAGCUGCAGUCAGAAAUGAAACUGUGGGAGGAACACUGGAUUAGGUGUGCAAAGGAGCUGAACCAGUGGGAUCUGGUGCAGGAUUAUGGCAGCAGUGAAGCCUCGGGCAACCCUCUACUGGUACUGGAAAGUGCCUGGAGAGUUCCCAACUGGGCCCGCAUGAAGGAAGCUCUGGCCCAUGUGGAGCAGUCUUACCCAAAGGAGCUGGCCUGGAAGAUCAACCUGUACCGAGGCUAUCUGGCCAUAUGUCACCCUGAGGAGGAACACCUGAAGCUUGUGGAGAAACUGGUGGAGGCAGCAACAGUGCUCUGCAUCAGGGAGUGGAAGAGACUGCCACACAUUGUUUCCCAUAUCCAUCUGCCAUACCUACAAGCAGCUCAACAGGUGAUGGAAUUGCAGGAAGCGUGCCAAAUCCACCAGGGUUUGGUGCAUGGAAGGACCAACUCCCUGCACGACAUGAAAGCCAUUGUAAAGACGUGGCGGAACCGUCUCCCUGUCAUUGCCGAUGACCUCUCCCACUGGUCAGACAUCUUCACCUGGCGUCAGCAUCACUACCAGUUCAUUGUGGAUCACUACACUGACUCAGCAGAGCACCAGAGUAUGCUGGGAGUGCACGCCUCGGCCCAGGCAAUCAUUCACUUUGGCAAGAUUGCCCGCAAGCACAACCUGAGCAAUGUGUGUUUGGAGUCUUUGUCCAGGAUACACACCAUUCCUUCAGUGCCAGUUGUGGACUGUUUCCAGAAAAUCCGCCAGCAGGUGAAGUGCUACCACCAGAUGGCGAUGGCCACCGGGAUGGGCAAGAAUGAGCUGCAGGGUGGUCUGGAGGUGAUUGAGUCAACCAACCUCAAGUUCUUCAACAAGGACAUGACAGCAGAGUUCUAUGCAUUGAAGGGAAUGUUCUUAUCCCAGCUGAAUAGAAGUGAAGAAGCAAACAAAGCCCUGAGUGCAGCAGUGCAGCUCCACGACACACUGGUGAAGGCGUGGGCCCUCUGGGGAGAUUACCUGGAGGCACUCUUCACCCGCGACCCUUCACACAUGGAGUACGGGGUGUACGCCAUCACCUGCUACCUCCACGCCUCCCGCCACCAGAAUGAGUCCAAGUCCAGGAAGUAUCUGGCCAAGGUUCUGUGGUUGCUGAGUUAUGAUGACGAGGGUGGGAGUCUAAGUGAGGCUGUGGACCGGUAUUGUGUGGGCGUGCCAGCAAUACAGUGGCUGCCUUGGAUCCCUCAGCUACUGACCUGCCUGGUGCGGCCUGAGGGCAAGGUCAUCAUUAAUUUACUGAAUCAAGUAGGACGGAUGUUCCCCCAGGCAGUGUACUUCCCCAUCAGGACGCUGUACCUCACCCUCAAGAUUGAGCAGCGUGGCAGAAUCAAAAGUGGUCUCUCCCCUUAUGUAGAUCCAGCAGCUGUUGCUUCUCAAAAGGCUCAGCAGCAGAGCCAGCAGCAGCAAGGACAGUCACAGGCACAGCAGACUCCACAGGCUCAGCAGUCUCAGAUUGGCGGACAGCAGCAGGGCACGGAGACGGCUGGCUCCAUCAAAGCCACGGAGCCCAUGUGGCGGUGUUCACGCAUCAUGCACAUGCAGAAGGAGCUGCAUCCCACUGUGCUGGCAUCUCUGGAGGGAAUUGUGGAUCAGAUGGUUUGCUUCCGGGAGUACUGGGAUGAGGUUGUGUUGCGGCAGCUGCGACAGGCACUGGCCAAGUGUUAUGCUGUGGCCUUUGAGAACUCUGGAGCCGUUUCCGAGGCAAACAUAACUCCACAUACACUCUCAUUUGUUAAGAAGCUUGUCUCAACAUUUGGCAUUGGUAUUGAGAACAUCAGCAGCUCCGUGAGUGGCGGAGGACAGUAUGCCAGCGCUGCCUCUGAGUCGCUGGCCAGGCGGGCACAGGCUACAGUCCAGGAUCCUGUGUUCCACAAAAUGAAGGGCCAGUUCACCACAGACUUUGACUUCAUACAGCUUGGGGCCAUGAAACUGCACAGCUUGAUUCACAAGCUGAAAAAGUGGAUCAAGAUAUUGGAAGCCAGAGUGAAGCUUCUGCCAAAGUGGUUCCUGAUCGAGGAAAAAUGCCGGUACCUGAGCAACUUCAGUCUUCAGACAGCUGAAGUGGAGUUGCCUGGAGAAUUCUUGUUGCCAAAGCAUUCUCAUUACUACAUUAGAAUAGCUCGUUUUAUGCCACGGGUGGACAUAGUACAGAAGCACGGCACUGCUGCCAGGCGCCUCCACAUCCGUGGCCAUAACGGCAGGAUGUAUCCGUACCUUGUUGUGAAUGACUACUCCCUGAGUGAUGCUCGUCGAGAGGAGCGUGUCCUGCAGCUGCUCAGGAUGCUAAACCAUUUCUUUGCAAAACAGAAGGAAACUAGUCGGCGUUUGGUGAAUCUGAGUGUGAGCAGAGUGGUGGCUGUGUCUCCCCAGAUGAGAUUAGUGGAGGACAAUGUGUCAUCCCUUUCUCUUCUGGACAUUUACAAGUUAAGAUGUGCAAAAAGACAACUGGAGCCUGACACUCCUGUCACUAGAUAUUAUGAAAGGCUGGCAACUGUGCAGGCUCGAGGCUCACAAGCGUCCCACCAGGUGCUGCGGGACAUUGUGAAGGAGGUGCAGAACGCCAUGGUGCCGCGGACCAUGCUGCGGGACUGGGCCCUCACCACUUACCCUAACCCAACCCACUACUGGACCUUCAGAAAAAUUCUCACUGUGCAGCUGGCUCUCAUUGGACUGAUGGAGUACCUGCUGCACCUGACCAAGCUGUACCCUGACAUGAUGUACGUUCACCAGGACUCGGGACUUAUCAAUGUGGCGUACUUCAAGUUCAGUAUUGACGAUGCCAAAGGAGAGUUGGACGGAAACCGUCCUGUGCCAUUCCGACUGACGCCUAACUUGGCCGAGCUUGUGACAAGCAUUGGGGUGUCGGGUCCCUUCACAGCCUCCAUGGUGGCCACCGCCCGGUGCCUGGCCACUCCAUCCUUCAAAGUGGCCGCCCUCCUCAGAGCCAUCAUGAGGGAUGAGAUCAUCACCUGGCACAAGUUCUCCUCUAUAUUCCGGCAGCAGCGGCACGAGGCAGGGGCAGUGGAGGGCAGUCAGGGGUCUGGCGCUAUGGAGGGGGAGACGCUCAUCACGCGGGUCAACAAGGCAGUGAAUGCCAUCACUGCUCGUAUCCAAGCCCUGGCAUCUAGCGAUGGUGCGGACAACAAGGUGACUCAACUAGUGCGAGCAGUGAACUGUGUGGACAACCUGUGCCGGAUGGAUCCGGCCUGGCACCCAUGGCUCUAGGUGGCACCUGGCUCAGAGACUCACCAGUAUCUGUGUCUACAGUUUAUUUGUACAACAGUGUUGUGAUUUUUUAGGAAUGCCUAUUUAAUGUAUGAACAUAGAUGGUAGAUAUUGAAAUACAAAUUGUAAGAUUUGUAAAAAUAUUUACAAAGAAAAAAAAAUUGUGUAUUUGUCUUCAUUCCAUUGGGAGCAAAUUGAUCCUAAGUUAAACUGCAGUUUGGUUUUAGACCAAAUCUUGGCAUGGGAGACUGCUGGCACCACUGGCAAUGGGGCGCCACAUGUGCUGCCACUGAUGCCACCAACACAAAAACUUUAAGGAGAGAUUAUUGGAGUGUGUAAUCUGAAAAUAGUAGUUUGUAUUCUUUCACAACAACCAGAUUUUAUAUUUAUGUUUUGUAAAUGAAGUUUUUCUAUAUACAUAUGAAUAAUA